AUGACGAUCAGAGCUGACACUGUUGGAGUGAGCUGUGUCUUUCUACCCAAAAUUAAGGCCAUUGAGACCAUGUUUGAAGAUGGUAGCCUCCUCCUCUUCAUUCCUUUGUUCAUCAUCUACACAUUUAUCAUUGUUGGGAAUCUCACUGUAUUUUUUGCGGUCAGGAUGGAUGCCCACCUCCACAAUCCUAUGUACAAUUUCAUAAGCACCUUCUCCUUCUUGGAGGUCUGGUACACCACAGCCACCAUCCCCAAGAUGCUCUCCAACCUCAUCAGUGAGAAGAGGACCAUCUCCAUGACUGGCUGCCUCCUGCAGAUGUACUUCUUCCAUUCUCUUGGAAAUUCAGAGGGGAUUUUGUUAACCACCAUGGCCAUUGACAGGUACGUUGCUAUCUGCAACCCUCUCCGCUACCCAACCAUUAUGACCCCCCGGCUGUGUGCUCAGCUCUCUGCGGGCUCUUGCAUCUUUGGCUUUCUUGUGUUACUCCCAGAGAUUGCAUGGAUUUCCACACUGCCUUUCUGUGGGCCCAACCAAAUCCAUCAGAUAUUCUGUGACUUUGAACCUGUGCUACGCUUGGCCUGUACAGACACGUCCAUGAUUCUGAUUGAGGAUGUGAUCCAUGCUGUGGCCAUCAUCAUCGCUGUACUGAUCAUUGCUCUCUCUUAUAUCGGAAUCAUCACUGUGAUCCUGAGGAUCCCUUCUGUUGAAGGCCGCCAGAAGGCCUUUUCUACCUGUGCAUCUCAUCUUGGUGUCUUUCUGAUGUUCUAUGGCAGUGUCUCCCUCAUGUACCUGCGUUUCUCUGCCACUUUCCCACCAACUUUGGACACAGUCAUUGCAUUGAUGUUUGCCGUUCUUGCUCCCUUUUUCAACCCUAUCAUUUAUAGCUUGAGAAACAAGGAUAUGAAGAUUGCUAUUAAGAAGCUUCUCUUUUCUGGAUCACCUGGUUGUAUUACAGGUGAAGCUGAACACAGCUGUACUAUCACUGUGAUUGUGCCUCUGAAGGAGUUAGAAAACAUGUCAAAUAUUAAUCAAUAUGCACAAGCAUGUGGCAUCAGGAAAAAAUAA